GACAGGUCGCGCAUCGUCAAGCUCUCCGAGAAGCCCAAGGCGUACCUCUACCGCGGAUUCCUGAGGCAGGCGGAGUGCGACUACAUCAAGGAGCGCGCCAAGCCCAAGCUCGAGAAGUCCACAGUCGUGGACAACAAGACGGGGCAGUCGGUGCCGAGCAACAUCCGAACGUCCGACGGCAUGUUCUUCGACAGGCACGAGGACGACAUCAUCGAGGAUAUCGAGCGGCGCAUAGCGGAGUGGACCAACGUGCCCUGGGAGAACGGCGAGGGCAUACAGGUGCUGAGGUACGAGGUUGGCCAAAAGUACGAGCCGCACCUCGACGCGUUCAGCGAUAAGUUCAACACCGAGGAGAGCAAAGGCGGACAGAGGAUGGCGACCGUGCUGAUGUACCUCAGCGACGUAGAGGAGGGUGGUGAGACUGUGUUCCCGCGGAGCGUGGACAAGCCGCACAAGGGGGACCCGAAAUGGAGCGAAUGCGCACAGCGCGGGGUGGCGGUCAAGGCGAGAAAAGGAGACGCGCUGCUGUUCUGGUCGCUCGACAUCGACAGCAACGUAGACGAGCUGAGCCUUCACGGCGGGUGCCCGGUGAUCAAGGGGACGAAGUGGAGCGCGACGAAGUGGAUGCACCUCAAGUCCUUCGACACCGCGAACUCUUUUAAGUUCCCGGAGGGGGUGUGCGACGACGUGAACGAGCAGUGCGAGGGAUGGGCGAGCACGGGCGAAUGCGAGAAAAAUCCAAAGUACAUGAUUGGGAACGGAAAGACUGACGGGUACUGCGUGAGGGCGUGCGGGAAGUGU